AUGCUACAUGCUGCGCCGUCAGCAACUACUGUUCGGCGAAUCACGUCAACGCACAUGCCUGGCGGCCGAUGGCAUGCUUGGAUGGAUCGCUCUUCUGGUUACAUCGGCAUGUCACUGAGCAUUGGGACAGUUCUACAUCCGACGCAGUCCGGAGAGAGAAAGAGGGAUUGGGGGGGAGGAAAGGGAGGGACACAUAAGAAGCACUCACACCUCGCGUCCUGCAUCCAUCAAGACCCCAAGGAACCUCGACAGAAACUCCCUCACAAUAUGGCAGCCUCUUACAAGACCGAAGGCGUAGCCUUCAUCACCGGAGCCGGCAGCGGUGUCGGCCGCGCGACGGGUUUCACUUUCGCUGCAUCGGGCGCCCGCGCCGUCAUCUUCGCCGACAUCGACGAGGACAGCGCCGUAGCCGCUGCUGCCAAGAGCAAAGAGUACGCCACCAACCCCGACUACCAAGCGCGGGGAUACAAGCUCGACGUCAGGGACGAGGCGGCCGUCACAACCUUAUUGCAAAAGGUCGCCGAAGAUUUUGAAAGACUGGAUUACCUCGUCAACAGCGCCGGUGUCGGCGGGCUGGGAGACCCCAAGGUGCCGGAUAAUGACAUGGCCAUCUUUGACGAGACCUGGAACGUGAAUACUCGAGGACUGUUGGUCGUCACGAGGGCUGCUGUGAAGAUCAUGGAGAAGCAGGAGAGAACCAGGUACAAGACGGUUCUGGGCGCGGAAAGAGAGCUGUCGCGGGGGUCUAUUGUCAACGUGCUCUCUGCGUUGGCGUAUGGAUCCGUGCAGCACAAGGUCGCGUACUCUGCCUCAAAACACGCAUCGUUGGGAAUAACAAGGGCUACAGCAAAGGAUGUGAGAGAGAAGCACAUCCGGGUCAACGCGGUCGCACCGGGGUGGGUCAACACGGCCAUGUACGAGGACGAAACCUCGCGUGCACCCGGAAUGCGUGAGUUUGUCCAGGCCGUUUCGCCGGAAGGACGUCCGGCUGAGGCGGACGAGGUAGGCGACGUGGUGGUCUUCUUGUGCAGUCCUGCGUCCAAUUAUGUCAAUGGGACAGGAAUAUUGAUAGAUGCGGGAAUAACCCUCGCGGUUCUCAAAGGUCUAUAG